AUGGUCAAGCCAGGUCUCGGCCUCUUCACCGCCCGCCGCAAGUCGCAGGGCAAUGUUUUCGAAGAGGUCGACGUUGCCACCAGCCCGGACACGACGGCUCCCCCUGCGCCCCAGCCUGCACCUGCAGACUCUGGCGGCUUCCGUCUGCUAAGCAGGACUGAAGUGGAAAAAGCCAAAGAACAGCGCAAAACACAGGAAAAGGAGCGUUCUUCAAAGUUCCCUCGCUUCAGCAGCUUGGGUAGCAAGAAUCGCAACCAGUCUUUUGACGACGAUUCUCCAGGCUCGUCUAAGCGCGACAGCAAGUCAAGCAGUGGGACUCAAUUUUCCACAUCGAGACCCUAUGCCAAUGGGCAGCAUGGCUCCACAUCUACACUCCCUUCUUCCACCGACGCCAGUUCAGACGAUAACCUUUUUACAAACAUUCCCCGUCCUGCCCUCCAGCAACACAGUAGCUCCCCUGGCCCCCACUCAGUAGCCGCCCUCAAGAAGCAACUCCCUCCGCAGCCAAAGUCCAACUCGGGCGUAUCGUCAUACAAGGACUUAUCCAACACAGGGUGGAGUAGCCGAAAUAGGGCCAUGACUACGUCCAGCUAUGCCAGCACUGCUGUUCCCCCUAAGCUCGAGGCAGACCUCAGCUUUGGUGGCUUCGAGGACGACAUGUUCAGCCAUCUCCAACGCAAGGACUCACCCGAAGCACCACGCGAGCCAACGGGACGCUCACUGCUUGCUGAGAAGCGCACUGUUCAGCCAGAGCCCAUCAAGAUCAAGUCACAGUUUGACGUUGAACCACCGAUGAAAAGCUGGGACAGCCGCAACUCCGCUGACAACCUCAUGGCCUCGUCGCACUCGGACCGCGAGGCCUCACCGCCUCCGCCUCCGCCUCACAAAUACUCGGCCUACGCCCCUGUCGCCUCCGAGAGUCCUACAUUCCACCACAGCUCUACCUUCCACGACCCCGACGCCCACACCGUCCGCAAGUCCUUCAUGGAAAGAAACUCGUACCACGACACACCCCCUGAAUCCAAGCCAAACUCCAUGUCGUCGUCAUCUGCAAACUCUUACGAGACACCAUACUCUUCACGAUCCGUCACGAGCACAAACAACAACACCACCCCAAAGGCUGCCCCGGCACCAGCAGUCGCAUCGUCGUCGUCCGAUGACAAGCAGGAUGAAGACUUGUUCUCGCAAUCAAAACCUGCACCUGCGCCGCACCAAGUACCCACAAUACGGAAGGCUGCGGCUCUUCCCCUUCAAAACAAGGCCUUGUCUGCCCCUGCUUCAGAUGUCAGUCGACGCGUCAUGUCACAAGCUGAGUUCCGCGAGUAUCAACAGAAGGCCAUGACGCAACCGCCGCCAGAGGAAGACUCUGAAGAGGAAGACUACGAAGAUGAGGAGGAUGCCAUCAAGCGGCGAGAGGAAGAGGAGCUCAUGAGGCGGAAGAACCAACAGAUGCACUUUGCUCGCGAGGCCAUGAAACGCUCAACUACCGCUUCGGGAAAUCCAGCUGAGUCUGGACCCGACGCCAUGGGUUUCCCAUCCGAGACAUCCAUGAAGGCAGAGGAGUGGGAGGACGAGGACGUGCCCUUGGGCAUCCUUGCUCAGCACGGCUUUCCCAGCCAAGCCCGCAAUAGGCAUCCCAGCCAGCCAACAAACGCCAUGCCGUCUUAUAUACCAGAUCGUCCAGCCUCCGCUGGAGCCAUGAGCCAGCGUGGAGUCAACAACAUGAGCCUUCCCGCCUUUGCCCGGCACUUGCCCCAGGAUCCCUACAGCAAUUCCGUCAUUGGUGGUGGCUUGAUCCGACCGACAAAUCGCGAGUCAAUGGGUUUCAACGGCUUCGCUCAAGGCCCUGCAUCGGUUGCGGGUGACUCGGUUGUUGGCGGCAUGCCCAUGCCUCACAAUGUGGUAUACCAGGAGGCCGGCUUAUCGCAGCCCUCGCUUGUAGAUCAGAUUCAGAUGCGGGACAUGACCAAGCAAAAGUACAUGGGCGGUGGUUCGGCCAAGAAGCCCCAAGCUGGGCCUUUUACCGGUAUGCUCGGCCAGCAGAUGAAUGCCAACGGCCAAUCCCAGAACCCUAUGCGCAUGUCACACAUGCCCAUGAUGAAUGGUAUGAACGGCAUGAACGGCAUGAACGGCAUGAACGGCAUGAACCCGAUGAUGAACAUGAUGGGCGGCCAAAUGGGUAUGGGCGGCCAAAUGGGCAUGGGAAUGGGUAUGGGCAUGGGCAUGGGCAUGGGUCAGAUGGGAUACCCAAUGGUGCAAGGGAGCGACUACAUGCAACAGAUGCAACAGAUGCAGCAGAUGCAGCAAAUGAUGGCCAUGCAACAGAUGCAGCUUCAAAUGAUGCAGCAGCCCCAGCAAGAUCCUCGCAUGUCCAUGGCCAUGUCCAACAACGGCUAUGCAGCCAGCACCAUUGGUGGUGGCGGCGCCGCCAACUACCUCAACGUACCCGGUAGUCAGAGCCGAACAAUGUCGUUUGUAGGAGGCAGCGGAAACCCACCACCACCCCCGCAGCAGCAGCAGCGUACAAUGUCCCUUAUGGGCCCUCAUCCAGGGUACACUCCCUCCAUCGCACCAUCCGAGCGUUCUAACGUUGGUUUGUCCGCUAGGUAUCGACCGGUCGCAAAUCACUCGGAUGCCAUGUCCAACGGAACCUCGAUGACCCUGCAAGUCGGCGGAGGCGCCAACCAGAGUCGAGCCGGUGCGAUCAAAGGCAUACUGAAGAAGGGCAGCCCUGGGCCGCAGGUCAGCGUCGCCGAAGUUGAUGAAGGCGACGAAGAUUGGGGCAAGAUGGCUGCGAAAAAGAACAAGUCCCGAGGCAAGGAGAACAACAGCUCAGGCCUCGAGGACCUUACACGCGGACUCAACAUAUAG